UCCUACGACGCUAAAUUGGAGGAAAGAUUAUCUUACACAUUACACGAAUAAUUUCGGUAUAAUCGGCAUAGGUCACAAAAGGCUUUACCGAAAUUUAUUUUGCAGCCUUUUAAGAGAAAAGGGACGGAUAAUCCUCUCGGGAUAGACGCUUUUAACCAACCUAACCAAUGACAUAAAUGUCAGUCGGUCAAGGUCCACUCUCACUCCAGAUGUGCUUUUAGCAUUUACACGUUUAUUUCACGUCAGCUUCGCGUUCUCAUUCGAAAUCUGUACAAAUUGUGAACGGAAGCACUUUUAAAUUGUGCCAGUAUGGGAAAUCUCCGCUACUGGAUGAGGAUUUUGCUUUUUGGUAUUUGAUUGGGACUUUAACCAUGGAUUUAAGUACAGAAGAGCAGAUAUGUAGAGCGACAGACAGAUGGUGACGAUUCGUGAGGAACAAAUCCUACAAACAAAUCUUACACGUGAAGGAAGAAUUACAUUCUUGCAAAGAAGCUCUUGUAUUUUUAUUACUGAUAACUUUAAGCAUUCGUUAAUCUCAGGUUAAUUAUUUAGUGGACGCGGUUGUGGUUUAUUUCAGGAUAAAUUGAUAAAGGACAAUCUGACUGUACAUUCGCUACCAUGUCGGCGGUGAUGAUAUCACGGAAGGUUACUCGAAAAUGGGAGAAAUUACCUGGGAAAAACACCUUCUGCUGCGAUGGACGAGUAAUGAUGGCUCGGCAGAAAGGAGUAUUUUACCUGACCUUAUUUCUCAUCGUUGGAACCUGCUCUCUGUUCUUCGCCUUUGAGUGCCCAUACCUGGCAGUGCACCUGUCCCCGGCCAUCCCGGUGUUUGCAGUGUUGCUCUUCGUCUUCGUAAUGGCCAUGCUGCUCAGAACCAGCUUCAGUGACCCAGGGGUGCUGCCACGGGCAUUGCCGGAGGAAGCCAACUUCAUUGAGAUGGAGAUCGAAGCGGCCAAUGGGAACGUCUUGGCUGGACAGCGACCUCCGCCCCGCAUCAAGAAUGUGCAAAUUAACAACCAGAUCGUCAAGCUGAAGUACUGCUACACCUGCAAGAUCUUCAGACCCCCUCGUGCUUCUCACUGCAGCAUCUGUGACAACUGUGUGGACCGGUUUGACCAUCAUUGUCCCUGGGUUGGAAACUGCGUAGGAAAGAGGAAUUACCGAUAUUUCUACCUGUUUACACUCUCGCUGUCUCUACUCACCAUCUAUAUCUUCGCCUUCGACAUCGUCCAUGUGGUUCUACGAUCUGUGGAUUCAGGAUUUGUGAAUACCCUUAAAGAAACUCCUGGAACUGUAUUGGAGGUUCUGGUGUGUUUUUUCACCCUCUGGUCUGUGGUGGGAUUGACUGGCUUUCACACCUACUUGAUCUCCCUCAACCAGACCACCAAUGAGGAUAUAAAAGGUUCGUGGUCAGGAAAGAACCGUGUGCAGAACCCCUACAGCCACAAGAACAUAAUCAAAAACUGCUGUGAGGUUCUGUGUGGCCCUACUUACCCCAGUGUGUUGGACAGAAGAGGUGUGAUGCUGGAAGACUGGUCAAGCCCCGCCCCCUCUGAUGCGUCUGCUGCUUCUACCAAUAAGAACAGCAACCCUGUUUCACAAACCACAAAAUCCUCAGCUCCCCUGAUUCCCAAUGAGCACACCCCUGAUGAAGCCAAACCCGGCAUUGGUGCAGGCCAGAAAAGUGCCAGCUCCCCUAAAGAAGAGAAACCCCUCUCGCCAACAUCCCCCAAUGCCAUCGCCCCUGCAGUCAUCAAAGAGUCGACCCACUAGCUUUGGCAGCGUUCUCCAGACUUCUCUUAAACUUCUGAAUGUGCUCACAUGAAGGAACACGCACAGAAAAACUGUUCAACUUCAAAGCAGUGGCCAUUGUUCUCUAAUACUCUUUUGCAGAGCGAGUUAUCCUGCCUGGAUCCUGCGCUAGCACUCGAAACUAGAUCUGGAGGUCUUGAGACUCUCCUCUCUGAAUCACAGCAUGAUGAAACUCACAAUGAGGGAAAUGGGGAACCAGAGACUGAAUCGGAUGAAAAUGGGCUGCCCUGAAAUGUAAUGAGGACAUUAUUUCCCUCGAAAGAGCUUGUGAAAUGUUCGGUUGUUUCUUCAGUGUCAUUACCUGUUUCUGUAUAGCCUGCCUCCAUUAUUCCUAACCAUUUGUGUGCCCUGUAAGACCCGUUACUAGUUUCUAUAGUAGUUUGUGCAAAAUGCUCAUUGAAUUAGACUUUUUUUGUUUUCGAAGUGUUAUAAAGGAAAAGUGCUUUAGUCAUAAACUGACAUUAGGUCCAACAAAAAUGCUUUAUUCUGUUAAUUUGGAUCAGCUUAGUAACUCAGUCAGUUAUAAAUGUGAUUCAACUCAAUGUCAAAUCAGAAAGUGAUACUCAGACUUGAUUUUACAAUCAGCAUGGAUGGUAGAAAGUAGAGGCUGUGAGAUGUGUGUGCCAGUGAGUACAGGCCGAUCUGCAUCAGUAAGAGUGCCUUAUCUAUGCUCUACCAUUACAUCUACAGAAGACUCCAUAAUGCCCCGAUACUACUCAUACCUGUACAUGUAAGUCAAUUAACAUCAUUUUUAUACAAUGCUAAUGAUCUAUCAGAAUGCAAAAAAGCCAUGGAGUUAAUGUACAUAAUGUAAAAAUGACUGAGAAGCUGCAAAUUCCCUAAGAAGUGGAAAACAUGCCUGAUUUGUUAUUACUAUUAUUUUGAUCUUGAAGUUACUACAUUCCCUCCACGUUGUCUUACUUAACAAGGUCUUUCCACAACCGCCUGACAUUUGAGCAUCAUACUCAAUCCUUUUCUCUAAGAGUUGGAUAUUAUUACUCAAGGCCAAGUGGCGUGUUUGUGCACAGAAUAAAUGAAGGAUAAAGUUUGGUUUACAUUUGAAAAUGAACCUUCCAGAGUCUGGGCAUGGAAAAGGCCAGUUGACCGAUCCAUCUUCAGCGUCAUUUAAGCAUGCUUUUGCAUUCAAUUGAGUAAUAUCUUUAAAUUGUGCUUGAUUUUCAUUUUCUACACAUUCUUUUCACCAUGUUUAAGGUAGCAAAACUUGCCUCAGUGUAGAAGCGAAUGUGUAUUGUACUCACAUUUACUAAUUUCACUGUAGUAUGUUGAUGGCCACUUGUAAGGGACACGUCUACAGACAUCAGGGAAAUAUGGACUCAUAUAUUUUUUACAUGUGUUUCUCAUCAUAACCAGCUACAUAUUUGUUUCAGAGAAGGAAACAUGGGCAGUAUUGUUUAGAAGUGAAUUAAGGAGCCAUUUGGAACAGCCAGCUUAAAAUGGUUGCCAGUUCAGUGCCAUCUUAAAGCAUUUAGAAGUGUGUGAGCUGGAAUGUUUGUGAGAUGCAUUUCGUUUGAUUGUUAGUUCCUCUACUGUGUUUAAAAAAAUGUGUUGAGGGUAAAAGUUCAUUAUUGCUGGAAAUGUAGUCCUACAUAACUAACAGAAUGUGCUAUCAGAUGUUUAAUUACACUGUUAUUGUGUAUGGAAGAUGUGAAUAUUCAUUUGCUAGGCUGAAGGUAUUACUGAGUAUAUGGAAAUGUGCUUAAAGUUGCGCUGAAUCAAUUCCACAACUUUUUUUUUUUUUUUUUAUCAUCAAACUUGUCAUAAUAAUAUGCUAAUAUGCUCAUUUACUAAAUGAGGCACAACAAAAUCAAAAUCUUUAAUGCCAAGUCAGUGUAACGUGUAAGUUUGGAAUAUUAGCAAAUUAUGGUCUGCUCUAGAUAUUUGGAUACAAUGCAUAAUGUACACAUUGUACGUCAUCACAAAUUGGGUUAUGUUCAGUUUGCUUGGUAAUAACACUGUGAUCAUGUAUAUCCUCAUACUAUUCACUUUCUACUUUAUGAAAUUGUGUGUAUAUGUAUGUUCAUUAAAUUAUAUGGUAUUAUUACAA